AUGGACAAGCCCCUGCCAUCAUGCAUCUUCAGCUUGGAAGAACUAAAAUCAAAAGGAAGCGCCGCCAGAAAUGGUUGGCAAAACCGCACAGCUCUCGCUCCCGAAGAACGAAAUGAGUACAUGGAUAUGAUGCGAAAAGGACGUCCAUACUCUCAAAUCCGGGAGCUUUACGAAAGCAGACACAAUAAGAAACUCGCGCCGUCAACGAUUCACAACUGGCGAGUCAAGAUAAGAAACGAGGAGAUUAGAGAGCGCACUGGACGAAGAAGAGAACUUGAAUCAGGAAAUAUAACAGGCAGUCCCGUUCGAAAACGAAUGACAGCGGAAGAAUAUGAGCCAGAAUAUAUUGUGCCGAUCGAAUUUCCACCUGAAGAACCAGAAGACUCCCCUGGUAUCUUAACUCAACAAGAACGUCAAAAAGUGUCCGUCAACCGGCGAAACUCUAUUGCUGAAGACUACAGAUACUCGUCAUUACAGCCGUCUGAAGAUUUGAUACGAAAAAGGUCAGCUUCAACUGUCACUAGGAAGGAUCACUUCCAGCGACUGGGAGAUAUGAAAACAUCUUCUCAUCGCACCAGCGGUUUAUAUUCUGUCGGAAACAAGAAAAAUGGACUAGACUCGGGACAAUCAGGAGGCCUUCUUUUCACUCCUUCUCGAAAACCAGCCGCUCCAGUAAUCAAAAUCGACUUGACUGGAAUCCAAAUUCAACAAGAACGCCCAAAAGUCGCGGCCAAUCGCCGAAACUCAAUCGCCGAGGACUACCGAUACUUGUCAUUACAGCCGCCUGAAGAUCUCAUACGAAGAAGAUCAGCGUCCACUUCGACGAGGAAGGAUCACUUCCCGCGACUGGAAACUAUCAACGAAUCUUUCCAUCGGCCUAAUAGCUUGAAUUCGAAGGAAAAUGAGCUCAAAUUUGGACAAUCAGGAGGCCUCUUAUUAGCUCCACCUCGAAGACAAUCUGCCCCAGAGAACAAAUCUCAUGAGAUCGAAAAUGUGGGUUACCAAGCAGAAGGGCCAUCAUCAGAAUCAACAAGAGAGGACAUUCAGCAAUUCAGUAACAAUCAACAAGCGAACGAAGUUCAAUACAUCCAAGAUGAUACGAACCAAGAAGCAGAUCAGGAUAACUACAGUGAAGAAGCUGGGCCUUCACGACUCCCCGAAGAAGCACCAGAAGAAGUUCAAGAAUCAGGCGAUGAUCAAGAAGCCGACUCUAGCUGUCGACUUGACAAUACUCUAAUGAUAAAAGCUGCUGUAAUUGGUGACAAUGAUAAGGACAAGAAAAAGCGAAGAAGAGAGCUGAUGGACUACGAUGAUAGGCAGAGGACUAUCAAACUGAUAAACAACUUUUCUGAGGAGCAGAUCAAUAGAUACGAGAUGUACCGAAGAAGUUGCUUCCAGAAAAACCAGAUCAAGCGACUCAUGACCAUGACAACUCCAUGUACGGUGCAUCAGCAUGUGAGCAUAGCUGUCGCAGGAAUCGCCAAAGUUUUUGUUGGUGAACUCGUCGAAGAAGCACUCAAAGUCGCGGAUAACCAAAAUCACAAAGGACCGCUUUUGCCAAGCCACAUCAGAGAAUCUGUUCGCAGAUUAGGUCACGUCCCUGGGAGCCAUCUGCACGAUAAGAAACGCAAAAAAGCCAGGCUUUUUUGA